AUGGGCUGGGGCGGCACGGCUGAGGGCGGCUUGCGGAGGCGGAUGCCGCUGCGGCGCGCCGGCGGUGGGGCGGCCGCAACGGGGGCCCACGGGCCGGGCCACGGCAGGGCCAUGCGCUACUACCGCCUCUGGAUCUACACCUGCAACACGGCGCUGCUGGCGGGCGCCUUGGCCUUCACCGGCGCCGCUGCCAAAACCCUCUUAUUUGAUUUUAGAAGGAGCUUGGUGCCAUCGUUGACUCUUUAUCAGCCUUCAUUUCUAUACGCUUAUCUAGCGCUAGCCACACAAGGGGGCGCUUUACAACUAUUAGGGUGUCUUGCUGCCUUAAAACUAUCGGAAAGACUACUCAAUGCCUAUUGGUUAUUGCUACUAGUUUUGGUAUUUGGAGAUGUUGUUAUAGGGGCAUUUUGGGCAUAUAGAUUUGAAAGGAUUUGUCAGGAGCUUCGGCCAGCUCUUAGGAUACGAUUCCAACAGGAAUACGGCGGCGGCAGUUCAUUGACAAGCCUGUGGGACAGGUUGCAGUCCGAAGACCAUUGCUGCGGUGUGACAGGGCCCGAAGAAUUCGAUAAUACGACGGGAACAGUUAGGUGGGAAAUGCCGACAAGUUGUUGCUUAGAACCGUCUGUAUCCGGCAAUGCAUCAGUAAGAUGUAUAAAAGCACACACAGCAGGCUGUGACGAACGUCUUCUGGCCUAUUUGAGGUCAACUGCCUCAUUAUUGGCCAUCCUAGGUUAUUGUGUAUUGGCCUUCCUUAAAUUGUGCUUCCUAGGCAUUUUACGGUAUGAAAUAAGAGAAAUGAUACAGAAGAUAAGAAUAUUAAGAGCCGAAUUAGAGCUGCCCAAUGCCAACGGGGCCGUACCAGGAACUUUGAGGGCAGAGGGUGCAGAAAGCGAGCGAGAAUCCCUACUGGUACGGCCCGAAAGCGCCGCCCUGCUUUCAUCACCACCCACGCAGCCUAAGAACCCUAAUGGCAACAACAAUUACGAAAUGCGGGAAUAUCAUCGCAGUCACGAUAACAUAUGACUAAAGUAUCGCCUGGAGGGCUUGUUCGCCCGUGGCCGAUGGGGCCGCGUCAAGAAGGGCCCCCUGGCGACGCCACUCGAGGACAUCUUCAAGCGCAAGCCGCGCGGCCGCGUCAAGGACGACACCUGCUGAGAGCUGCUCCCGCCCCCCGUACCCUCUUACGCGCCAGAAACACUAGUAUAGCGCCACGCCGACGCGCCGUCGUCCAGCCUCUGGCGCGCAGCGGCGCCGCGCAGCCUCGUAAGAGUUCGAGCGCGAUCGGAAGGGUGCGUCACGCCCCUUUAGAGACGUUCUCGCUGUUCUGGACGCUGUCGCCCUCAGUUUAUCGCCUUAAUUUUCGUGACAUCUUCCGAGAAAACAGCUGUGUUAGAUUGAUAUGGUUGAUUUUUUUAAAGACACCAACGAAUUGUUAUGUAGACGAUAUAGUUGUUCGAAAAAGGUAGACGGACUUUAUAGUAACUGUUAAUUAUAUACCGAUAAAUGGAUGACAGGCGACGUACUUCGAGUUUAGAUAUUAAAAAAUAAAUUCAGUGGCUCUUUAAACACAAAUUUUCCGAACAAAAAAUGAUUAAUGUUACCCGUCAUCGGAAACUAAAGAAAAGCAAAUAUA